AUGGAUCCAAAAGAAGAUUCCGACACGCCGCCACCGCCACCGCCACACCACGGCACGAAGAAAAAGAAGAAACGUUGGGUCUGGAGAAGGAAAGAUAAAGGUGAAACACUGGAUUCAAAGAAAGAAGAAGAGAAAGAAAGAUCGCCUAUACCCGCCGUGGAAGAACAGCAAAAUGCAGCAGAAACAUCCUCAUCUCAACCAUCACCACCGCCACCACCUCCACCACCGCCAUAUCAUUCCGAUGCACCACCACUACCUUCAUCCCGACCACUACUACCUCCUUUAUUGCGGCAAAAAGAAGCUUUAUUAAAGAAACCAGCUCAAUCUAAUGAAUCAUCUUCACCGGCGCCGCAAAGACCAACAAUUGAUUAUAUUGCACCAAUACCUUCACCGCGGCCACCACAACAAUCUUUAUGGCGGCGAAGGCAAGAUUCACUGCACCUACGAACAUCAUCCCCCCAUUCUUUUGUACCACCCUCUUCAAGGCAGCAACCACCGCAAUCUAUGUUGCACCGAUGGUUAUCGGAGCUACCACAACCAGACCCUGCUAUUGAACAACAACCACCAUCACCACAUUCAUCAUCCGAUUCUACUGCACCAUCUCCUUCAUCACAGCCAUUAUCACCUUCUUUAUCACUGCCAGAGCCACCAUCACCUUCAUUAUCGGUGCCAGUGCGCCCAACACCUAGGGUAUCGAUGCCGCCACCACGAGCCAUUUUAGAUCCCCAAGAGCAGCAAAGGCCACAGAAUAACAAUAAUAUUGCAUCAUCUGAUUCAACGAGGAGACCAAACAGUUACAUCACCUAUAUUUGCUGCGAGCAAUAUCGCAGACUAUUGUAUGGAUACAAUUUCCAUCGUCUUCAUCGUCGCAUCCACUACACCCAUCUGUAUUGCGGCGAAGCCUAUCGCAGAAACCGAGUCUAUAUUCAUACCAUGCUAGUGAACCAUUAUCUCAAUUUAAUGAUAGCGCACCCUCCUCACUAUACCAUGGCAAAAUAUCCAAUCUUUUCCAAUCCACGCUAG